AUGAGCUGGUGGUGGGAGAGAGCAACUGGCACCGACAAGGCGAAGAAACUCGAGGAAGCACCACGGAGCUCCCAGAACGUUGCAUUGGUUAUAGGCGUGACGGGCAUAGUGGGCAAUAGCCUUGCCGAGAUUCUACCUCUCCGCGACACACCAGAUCAAAACGACGCCGAAUCGAAGCUCUCACAAUUAACCGACGUGACCCACAUCUUCUACGUGUCCUGGACCAGCAGACCCACCGAGGCCGAGAACUGCGAGGUGAAUGGUGCCAUGUUAAGGAACGUCCUACGCGCCGUCAUCCCACACGCUCCGAAUCUCCGCCACGUGUCACUUCAGACAGGCGCCAAACAUUACCUGGGACCGUAUGAGCUGUUUGGAAAAAUCAAAGCCCAUGAGCCACCCUUCACGGAGGACUUGCCACGUUUGGACGCUCCGAACUUCUACUACACCCAAGAGGAUAUAUUGUUCGAAGAAAUUAACAAUAAGGAGGGGUUGACGUGGUUCGUUAACCGACCACAAGUCAUCUUUGGUUUCUCACCUUACAGCUUGAUGAACCUCAUUGGUACGCUUUGUGUUUACGCUGCUGUUUGCAAGCAUGAGGGUGUUCCCUUGAGGUUUCCUGGUACUAAUAAAGCUGCGUGGGAACGUUACUCUAUGGCUUCAGAUGCUGAUUUGAUUGUCGAACAGCACAUUUGGGGUGCGAUGGAGCCUAAUGCAAAGAAUGAAGCUUUUAACUGCAGCAACGGGGAUGUUUACAAGUGGAAGCAUUUGUGGAAGGUGUUGGCGGAACAGUUUGGGAUUGCGGAAUAUGGUUUUGAAGAGGGUUCGAAUUUGAGGUUGUCAGAGUUGAUGAAGGAUAAGGGUCACGUAUGGGAGGAGAUUGUGAGGGAGAAUCAGCUUCAGCACACCAAGCUUGAAGAGGUUGGUGACUGGUGGUUUGCGGAUGUUAUUUUUGGAAAGGAUGCUGUGUUGGAUAGUAUGAACAAGGCUAAAGAGCAUGGCUUUUUGGGAUUUAGGAACUCCAAGAAUUCCUUUCAAAGUUGGAUACAUAAAACCAAGACUUACAAGAUUGUGCCCUGAGUUGCUCUUCUUGUAGUUUGAGG